AUGAUCUUGUACUCAUUUCUGGGCUUAACCGAGAGACGCAAAGAACUCGGUUCGGAUGAUGCACGGCAAAGCCUCGCGGUUCAUCAGGCUCUCGUUGACAAGAUGACCGCGUACCUCACGGAGCUCCUGAUUUCUCCAGUCAUCGGAUUGCCGAGAUCCGUAGUGCCGUUCGCGGCAAAGAGCCCAGCCAGCCAGCCAGCGCACCUCCUGUCCAACACCGUUGAGCCGGUGAAAAAGUACGCCAGAGUGGGACGUUACAGAAGGCGAUGGGAAGCCCAAUUGCCGAGAAGAACCAAGAAUAGUGCGGUUGGCGAUGAUGAGCGAGAAGGCAGCAAGGAUCGUGCGACAGCGAGCAAGAUGAACAUGGCAUCUUCGUCGGCUGGCAAAGGCAAGACCAGCCAGAGUGACGUUGGUAAGAAGCCUGGUGGAGAGCGCAAAGGGUAG